ACUCCAGGACACACACACCUGCCGUCCUCCUGCUCUGUGUGUCCGCUGCUGGAGGGGGCUGCAGCCGCGGCUCAAACACGCACUUCUGGAGGAGGAACCCGCGGUGCGCAAUUACGCACAUGACCAGAGGAAUUUACGGAGCCGUCUGCUGCUUUUCUGGUCCCUGUCUUUGGUCCUAGUUUUUAGACAGCUUAGUUUAUCUAUGCGCAACGUCAUCGAGGCAGCUCCAGCCUGUCCUCAGCUCUGAACUCCUGCAGUUGACCUCCCAGUCCUCUGUGCGCUCAGGACAGGAUGGGAUGCUCCACCAGUUCCCAGACUUCAGCUGUAGACCCGACCCGACCCAGUGCGAAGCCCGAGGAGAGCAACGGAGCCAGCACCACCGGGGCAGCUAAUGAGAACGGCAAAGUGGCCGAGGACAGCGAAACUAUUCCAGACCAGACCCCAGCCGGAGGUGGAGAUGCAAAGCCUGCAGCAGAACCUGCUGCAGCAGCUGCACCUGCAGAAGGCACAGCCGCUGCAGCUCCUCCUGCAGCAGAGGCGCCCCAGGCAGCUGCAGCCGCAGCCGCAGCCGCAACCCCACCCGCAGAGGCAGCACCGCCUGCAGACGCCCCCGCAAGCACCACAGAGAAGGCAGCCACAAGCACAGAGCCUGCAGCCGCUCCACCUCCUACUGAGCAAGAAAAAGCAGAGGCCACAGGUGCUGCCACAGAGCCCAAAACAGAAGAGACACCAGCACCCAGUCAGUGAACUGCAACAUGAAUGACAGAUGCACACAUGAAGGAGUUCAAAGUGUCCGAUCAUGUUCGUAUGUGUGAGUGGAAGUGGGAAUACUGCAGUUGAAAUUGUGUAGAUGUAUGAGUGUGUGUGCGUGUGUGAGUGUGUGUGCAUGUGUGUGUGCGUGUGUGCGUGCGUGCGAGCAUGCGUGCGUGUGUGUGUGUGUGUGAAAGACAUGACCUUGUUGCCAAGAUGCAGAGCCUUUGAAAGCGUUGGAAGUCAGGGUUCAUCAGUCAUCACUGUGCCUUCUUACCCUCUUCUCAGUGGCUGUAAUUUGUGCUCACAGACUGGACACAGACAAGACUACUGCACUGUGUUUAGCAUGGGACACUUGUGCUGAAUUCUACUUCCUGCCAAAAACUGCUCCCCCUUCCUAAAUCAGCCAUGAAGAGGACAGUGUGCACCAAAUUCACCCUGUCACAACUUUUUCUCCUUUCUGACUGUAGGCUAUGAAAUUAACUGUGAAUUAUUCAACCACUUAACACCAUCACAGCUGUGUAGCAAUUAAGUAAUGAAUAAUGUUGUAAGAUAUUGCAGUUAUGUUUUUUUUGUUUUUUUUUUUUUAAUCUGUUUACUAUUAAAGAAUGUGUAAACUGUAAGGUAUGUAAAACUUUCUAAAGUUAAAUCUUAGAUGCACAACACACAAAAUAUAAAAUAAAAGCAGAUUCUGCUGAAAACUGCAUCACCCGUGGCAGGGAGCAGAAUUCAGCAGCAGAUAUUGCCGAAAACUGCAUCCCCCAUCAGAAUUAGCUUGUGAAGCUACAGGAGCUAAAUGACUUUAGCAGCUCAUAUUUGGAGUUAUUCUGGUGUGACAGGGUGAAUUUGGUGCACUUUGUCCUCUUCAUGGCUGACUUAGGAAGGGGGAGCUGUUUUCGGCAGCUGCUGCGUGAUGCAGUUGUUGGCAGGGAGUAGAAUUCGGCAAAACAAGACUAACCUACAGUAAAUUAAUUAGUACAUGUCUAUUCAUUACCUGUAUAGAAAUUCCUAAUAGCACAUAUUCUGAAAUGUCAUGUAUGUCUUUAAUCCAUUCUGUACUUUUCUAAAACAUUACACUCCUGAAAAAAACAAAGCCAAAAUACAUUUGAUCAGAACAUUAUAUUCUGUUUGGUGACUGGCUUUGAUUUGAUAAUCAUUGUUUGUAAUGAAUACUGUAUGACAAGCUGGUGAUUCUCUGAUUUUUAAGGAAUUGGAGAAGAGUAAACGUGAGAGUGUUUGUAUUGUGUCAUGAUUUCUCUCUGUUGGGAAAAAUGACAAACACAAUGAAGAUGCAAUAAGCUAUGAACUGUCCUGAAAUUAAAAAAAGUCCACCUUCAAAAAAUGGUAUCUAAUACUUUAUUUGAAAUGUACAUAAAGGCCUGUAAGGAGACAUUUUAUUGUAAAAAAAAAAAAAACAACAAAAAAAAA